CGGGCGGCUCCAGCUGCCCCCAGAUGUGGGCUGGGCGGCGCGCGGGGAACUUUCGCGCCGGCUGGGAGUGCGGGGCCCCGGCUGCAGUCCGGCUGCCAUGGAUCCACCGGCGGGAGCCGCUCGCCGCCUGCUCUGCCUCGCGCUGCUGCUGCUACUGCUGCCGCCGCUCCUACUGCCGCCGCCGCCCGCGAACGCCAGGCUAGCAGCCGCCGCCGACCCCCCAGGCGGGUCCCUGGGGCACGGAGCCGAGCGCAUCCUGGCGGUGCCCGUGCGCACUGACGCCCAGGGCCGCUUGGUGUCCCACGUGGUGUCGGGAGCUACAGCCGGGGCAGGGGUACGAGCCCGCAGGGCCGCCCCAGUCCGGACCCCGAGCUUCCCCGGAGGCAACGAGGAGGACCCUGGCAACCACCUCUUCUACAAUGUCACUGUCUUUGGCCGAGACUUGCACCUGCGGCUGCGGCCCAACCACCGCCUCGUGGCGCCCGGGGCCACUAUGGAGUGGCAGGGCGAGACGGGCACCACCCGCGUGGAGCCCCUGCUCGGGAGCUGUCUCUACGUUGGGGACGUGGCCGGCCUAGCCGAAGCCUCCUCUGUGGCCCUCAGCAACUGCGAUGGGCUGGCUGGUCUGAUCCGGACGGAGGAGGAGGAGUUCUUCAUCGAGCCCUUGGAGAAGGGGCUGGCGGCACAGGAGGCUGAGCAAGGCCGCGUGCACAUGGUGUAUCGCCGGCCACCCACGUCCCCUCCUCUAGGGGAGCCACAGGCCCUGGACACAGGGGCCUCCCUGGACAGCCUGGACAGCCUCAGCCGUGCCCUGGGUGUCCUGGAGGAGCGCGUCAACAGCUCGAGGCGGAGGGCACGCAGGCAUGCCGCGGAUGACAACUACAACAUCGAGGUCCUGCUGGGCGUGGACGACUCUGUGGUCCAGUUCCACGGGAAGGAGCACGUGCAGAAGUACCUGCUCACGCUCAUGAACAUCGUCAAUGAAAUCUACCAUGACGAGUCCUUGGGGGCCCACAUCAACGUGGUCCUGGUGCGGAUCAUCCUCCUGAGCUAUGGGAAGUCCAUGAGCCUCAUCGAGAUUGGGAACCCCUCUCAGAGUCUGGAGAAUGUCUGCCGCUGGGCCUACCUCCAGCAGAAGCCAGACACGGACCACGAUGAAUACCACGAUCAUGCCAUCUUCCUCACACGGCAGGACUUUGGGCCUUCUGGCAUGCAAGGCUAUGCUCCCGUCACUGGCAUGUGCCACCCGGUCCGCAGCUGCACUCUGAACCAUGAGGACGGCUUCUCCUCAGCUUUCGUGGUGGCCCAUGAGACUGGCCACGUACUGGGCAUGGAGCACGAUGGACAGGGUAACCGCUGUGGUGACGAGGUGCGGCUGGGCAGCAUCAUGGCACCCCUGGUGCAGGCUGCCUUCCACCGCUUCCACUGGUCCCGCUGCAGCCAGCAGGAGCUGAGCCGCUACCUGCACUCCUAUGACUGCCUGCGGGAUGACCCCUUCGCCCACGACUGGCCGGCACUGCCCCAGCUCCCGGGGCUGCACUACUCCAUGAACGAGCAGUGCCGCUUUGACUUUGGCCUGGGCUACAUGAUGUGCACGGCGUUCCGGACCUUCGACCCCUGCAAGCAGCUGUGGUGCAGCCACCCUGACAACCCCUACUUUUGCAAGACCAAGAAGGGGCCCCCCUUGGACGGGACCAUGUGUGCGCCUGGCAAGCAUUGCUUUAAAGGACACUGCAUCUGGCUGACACCUGACAUCCUCAAACGGGAUGGCAACUGGGGCGCUUGGAGCCCGUUUGGCUCCUGCUCACGUACCUGUGGCACCGGCGUGAAGUUCAGGACCCGCCAGUGCGACAACCCACACCCAGCCAACGGAGGCCGUACCUGCUCGGGCCUUGCCUACGACUUCCAGCUCUGCAGCCGUCAGGACUGCCCCGACUCCUUGGCUGACUUCCGCGAGGAGCAGUGCCGCCAGUGGGACUUGUACUUCGAGCAUGGUGAUGCCCAGCACCACUGGCUGCCCCACGAGCACCGGGAUGCCAAGGAGAGAUGCCACCUGUACUGUGAAUCCAAGGAGACUGGGGAGGUGGUGUCCAUGAAGCGCAUGGUGCAUGAUGGGACACGCUGCUCCUACAAGGACGCCUUCAGCCUCUGCGUGCGUGGGGACUGCAGGAAGGUGGGCUGUGACGGUGUGAUUGGCUCUAGCAAGCAGGAAGACAAGUGUGGCGUGUGCGGAGGGGACAACAGCCACUGCAAAGUGGUCAAGGGCACGUUCACACGGUCACCCAAGAAGCACGGUUACAUCAAGAUGUUUGAGAUCCCUGCGGGAGCCAGGCACCUGCUCAUUCAGGAGGUAGACGCCACCAGCCACCAUCUGGCCAUCAAGAACCUGGAGACAGGCAAGUUCAUCUUAAAUGAAGAGAAUGAUGUGGAUGCCAGUUCCAAAACCUUCAUUGCCAUGGGCGUGGAAUGGGAGUACAGGGACGAGGAUGGCCGGGAGACACUGCAGACCAUGGGCCCCCUCCAUGGCACCAUCACUGUUCUGGUCAUCCCGGCGGGAGACACACGGAUCUCACUGACGUACAAAUACAUGAUCCACGAGGACUCGCUCAACGUCGACGACAACAACGUCCUGGAAGAUGACUCUGUGGUCUACGAGUGGGCCCUGAAGAAGUGGUCUCCGUGCUCCAAACCCUGUGGUGGAGGGUCCCAGUUCACCAAGUAUGGCUGCCGCCGGAGGCUGGACCACAAGAUGGUGCACCGCGGCUUCUGCGCCGCCCUUUCAAAGCCCAAAGCCAUCCGCAGAGCGUGCAACCCGCAGGAGUGCUCCCAGCCAGUGUGGGUCACAGGUGAAUGGGAGCCGUGCAGCCAGAGCUGUGGGCGGACAGGCAUGCAGGUGCGCUCUGUGCGCUGUGUUCAGCCCCUACACGACAACAUCACCCGCUCCGUGCACACCAAGCACUGCAAUGACGCCCGGCCUGAGAGCCGCCGGGCCUGCAACCGCGAGCUCUGCCCUGGCCGGUGGCGAGCUGGGCCCUGGUCCCAGUGCUCAGUAACCUGUGGCAAUGGCACCCAGGAGCGGCCAGUGCUCUGCCGCACCGCGGACGACAGCUUCGGCAUCUGCCAGGAGGAGCGGCCUGAGACGGCGAGGAUCUGCAGGCUGGGCCCCUGUCCCCGAAACACCUCCGAUCCCUCCAAGAAGAGCUACGUGGUUCAGUGGCUGUCCCGCCCCGACCCUGACUCGCCCAUCCAGAAGAUCUCGUCAAAGGGCCACUGCCAAGGCGACAAGUCAAUAUUCUGUAGGAUGGAAGUCUUGUCUCGCUAUUGCUCCAUCCCAGGCUACAACAAGCUGUGCUGCAAGUCCUGUAACCUGCACAACAACCUCAGCAACGUGGAGGACAGGAUAGAGCCACCACUCGGGAAGCAUAACGACAUCGACGUGUUCAUGCCCACCCUCCCAGUGCCCACUCUCAUCAUGGAGGUGCAGCCAUCGCCAGGCACCCCCCUGGAGGUCCCUCUCAAUGCCUCCAACACGAAUGCCACAGAGGAUCACCCAGAAACCAAUGCUUUAGAUGAACCCUACAAAAUCCAUGGCCUGGAAGAUGAAGUCCAGACACCCAAUUUAAUUCCUCGACGACCGAGCCCAUAUGAAAAGACCAGAAACCAAAGAAUCCAAGAGCUCAUUGACGAGAUGCGGAAGAAAGAGAUGCUCGGAAAGUUCUAAUAAAAUGGACAGAUAGCA